AUGGGAAGAGGUUUAAUUGGUAUAGUUCAUGCCAAAGACAAGCUUCGAAUUCGAAAAUCGAUUUCUCAUAGAAAUGGAAGCAUGUUAGCAACAACUAAUCAAGUUCCAAAGGGGCAUUUUGCAGUGUAUGUUGGUGAAACAUGUAGGAGAUUUGUUGUUCCAAUAGCAUAUUUGAACCAACCAUUAUUUCAAGAUUUGUUACAUUGGGCUAAAGAAGAGUUUGGAUAUAACCAUCCAAUGGGAGGUCUCACAAUUCCAUGCAGUGAAGAUUACUUCAUUAGUCUCACUUCCUUACUAAAGUCAUCAUAG